UGAGAGGGUUAGUACCACUAGUGCUGCUUUUCUCCUCAUUGAUGAAGUUCAGCGAACAGAGUCGAUGGAGACAAAUGUCUAAAAACACACCGUGGAAUUAUUCAUUGUUUGGGAAAACUAUGCCUUUUUUACACGACUGACAAUCCAAGGACACGUGUGCAUCCUAGACAUUUCAUUUAUUCAAGUGCAUCUUCACAUCGAUCUGCCUCCUGCCUCCUUUCAUCAACCUGCCUCCUGCUGCCUUUUGUGGGGAGGAUGGAUACCCGGCUGACUUUACCCCGGUCCUUGGGCUUGCUUUGCACGGUAGUUGCACUGUCGGGGCUCCGGAGCCCAGUAGUUGCAGCGGGGAGGAGCUGCGCUGAUACCCGGCAGGUGUACGCGGAGAAGGGGUACAGCACCGGCAUUGCACCGGUGACUCAAAUCUCGGGUGAGCACUUGAGGCUCUGUCCUCAGGACUACACCUGCUGCUCCAGCCAGAUGGAGGAGACGUUGGCACUUCAAAGCGAGAGGGACUUCUUAAAAUCCUUGGAGGACCAUAGCCAGUUCCUGCUGACCACCUUCACCCAGAGGCAGCGGCGGUUUAACGAGUUCUUCAGGGAGCUAAUAGACUUGUCCGAGAAGUCCAUGAACCAGAUGUUUACCAAGACCUACGGACGGCUCUUCACGCAGAAUGCGCAUGUCUUCCAGGAGCUGUUUGCAGAGCUUCGCAGAUAUUAUUCAGGGGGCAGCGUGAGCCUGACAGAGGUUCUGUCAGACUUCUGGUCCAGGUUGGUGGAGCGGGUCUUCACCCUCGUCAACCCUCAGUAUCAGUUCAGUGAUGACUACCUGGAGUGCGUCACCAAACACGCCGAACAGCUGCAGCCCUUCGGAGACGUGCCUCGCAAGCUACGCGUGCAGGUGUCCAGGGCUUUUAUUGCAGCAAGGGCACUAUCUCAAGGCUUGGCCACUGGGCGAGAUAUUGUCAACAAAGCCACAAAGCUGACUCCAGACUCAGAAUGUGUGCAUGGCCUAAUGCGUCAGUGGUACUGCCCGCUGUGUCGAGGAAUGCCCUCCCUGCGUCCAUGCCGUGCCUUCUGCCUGAACGUGAUGAAAGGAUGCUUGGCCAAUCAGGCUGAUCUGGACACCGAGUGGGAUUAUUUCAUUGAUGCCCUUUACCAGGUUGCAGAGAAGUUGGAGGGGCCGUUCAACAUGGAGUUGGCGGCAGAUUCCAUCUCCGUCAAAGUGUCCGAAGCCAUCAUGCACAUGCAAGAAAACAGCGUCAGCAUCUCCACCAAGGUCUUCCAAGGUUGUGGAAACCCCAGACCUCUUCCAGGACGAUCCAAGCGCUCACCAAAAGAGUCGGGGGGCAACAGGAGGCCUUUCCGCACCUACACCCCGGAGGAAAAACCCACCACUGCUGCAGGCACCAACCUGGACCGACUGGUUACUGAACUGAAGGAGCGCUUGCGGCCCAUGGGAAGCUUCUGGGUGUCCCUCCCACACACCAUCUGCAACGAUGAAAAAAUGGCAGCCGACGUCACAAACGAGGAUCGUUGUUGGAACGGGCAGGCCCGGGGGAGGUAUCUUCCGGAGGUGACGGGUGACGGCCUGGCCAGCCAGAUCAACAACCCUGAGGUGGAAGUGGACAUUGGACGGCCCGAUGUGAGGACCAGACAGCUGAUCAUGGAGCUGAGGGUGGCCACCAACAAACUGAGACAUGCACAGAGUGGACAGGACAUGGACUUUAUGGACAGUGAAGAGGGCAGCGGUUCAGGGGGAGGAGACAGUAGUGAAAGAUACAGCGACGACUGGCCGGGUUAUGGUCCUUACUCUCCUCCUUACAACAAGCCCCCUCGUAACUCCGCCCCCUCUCCCCCUGCCUCCAACCCAGUGAAGCCUCCUCGGGUUCGGGAGAGAAACAACAAGUGGAACCGCAACAACGGCCGGGUCAUUCAUUCUGCAGCGAAUCCCCUCACCUCCUCCUUGCUUCCUUUGUUACUGCUUUUUUUUAUGGUCAUGGCAGCCUUGCUGAGAUAGCUGCUUGUUGCUGCUUAAGCACAUUAGGACAGAAAAAUAUUCCAUUUGGUUACACCAGCACAAAAAACGUAACAGCCCAACAUAUGUGCUAUGAUUAUUUUUAAUCCCGAAACUGCACAAGCCACUAAAUAUCAUUAUAUCACCAUUCUAAAAAUUCAAAAUCAUAUUCGUGAAAUGUUCAGUCUUGAAAAGCAAUAUGCUGUGCUGGGUGCUUCAAUUACAUAAAAUGCUUGAUUUAAUUUACUUUAACAAAAUAAUUUGGCAACAGCUGUGGUAAGAUAUCAUUGAACUACUUAUAAGAUUUGAUUUAAUAUUUAAAAAAACAACAAAAAAAAGCACCAAAGGCGAUUUGCUUAGAACAGUGGUUCUCAACUGGUUUGGCAGCAGGUCCCACCAUCACCCAUCAAUGACAAGUGGUGACCCAAACUGCGAAACAUUUUUAAACUCAAACUUCCUAAAUAUCUUACAUUUAAAGGGACAGUUUACAACACAGCAUGAGCUGCAGCGGUGAGACGCUCUUGCCUGCCUUUAGGCAUGCUCUUCUCCAGCAGAUAUCUGCAGCUGUGUGUUGGACGGACGGCCACUCAAUAUCCAAUGUGACAUUGGGUAAUGACAUUAUUAUAAUUUUUUUGCCACUCGCCUUUGGGUUACGAUCCACCAGUUGAGAAUUCCUGGCUUAGAAUGCACAAAAACAAUGACAUGUAAUGUAAAAAUACUGAUGCUUUUUAACUUAUUUAUUAUUUAUUAUUAUUGUUUAUUUAACUCAAUUUAUUUCUAUUUAAGACAAUGUUUGAUUGUUUUUAUCGUCUAAGAGAAGUGUUAUAAAAAUAAGUCAUCACCCUCUAAAAACACAUAAUUGGAAUAUUUUGUAUUAAAAGUUGUUGACAGUGUGGAAGUAUUUAUAUGAUAUUUGUGUGCUGCAUGUGCUAUUUUAGCGAGCAGAUGUCUGAAUGCUUUUUUUAAACGGUGCGCUUUUCUACUUCCUUUUCCUAAAAGCAACAAAAAUGUGUCAGAUUGAAUGUUUGACGGACGAUGACUCCUAUGUGUCAUACGAGGCUGAUUGAAGAAAAAAAAUGUGGCGAUUGAUUGUGAAGUCUUUGUUUUUAAUAGAAGCACAUUUUGAAAUAAUGCUGGAUUAUCAUUGUACAAUACAAAAAAGAACAUUUUUGUUUGUAAAUAACAAGAUGGUUUCAAAAAAGCAGCGGUGUUGUAGUUUUGUGUCUUUCCGAUGAUCAGUAUUCAAAUGAGCUGCAAAUGAGCCCCAAAACGGUGAAUGGUGAAAAGAGCACAAUUCAUGUUGUUAACAAACAAGUGAUAUUUUCUGCCUCAUUAAAACAAAUG